AAUCAGCGAAUUGUAAGAGGAGGAAAUAGGAUUGAUAGGCCAUUGCUUUACCUGCUUGCCAGUCGAUUUUGUCGCGAAACCAGGAGGGUUGCGGAUGUUGCUGGUCUUGGGUGAUUUUUUGGGCAGAGGCGUGUUCAGAUCAACCACCCAGCUGGGUGGAGGAGAAGCAAUCGAAGACAUUUUGAUUUCCUUUAUCUUCUAUGCAGACUAGGCAUAAAUAUGCAGGACCAAGCGAGCAAGCAGACUGAUAGUCAAAUAGUUCAUAGGAACAGACUUCAGAAAGUGGCGAGCCUGGCAGCUGCGGGCUCCUGCGGGAGGGCGGACCCGCAGCGGAGACCUGUGCUUUGCCUGCCAGACCGACCGCAUCUGGAUGCAACGACGCUCUUCUUCCUCCUUUUUCCUUCCUGGCCAUUUCACAGCCGACGCUCAAUUGCGCAUUCUAUCUGGGCCUCAAAGAGAAUCGCGAGCCCGGGCCAUCCCAAUAUCAAAAACGAUCCAAUCCACAUCGAACAACCCCUCAAACCAUCGGCUGACGCCCGCGAACGAUCAAGGGCAUGGAAGUUAAGGUGCAACCAACCAGAUAGUAACACCCCACCAGCGAUAUCGAUUCAUGUGAUCGCCCUGCCUACACCGAUCAGGCCACACGCCGCAGCUCGCUCGUUCCAACGCCCGAGCCGUCCUCUUCAGUCGCAUUGUGGUAUAACUAUAGUAUAACUAUACCCCCUCAUUUCAGCCACAAUGAGCUCAGGCGGAGAUGCGAAGCUCUUCGCGAGGGUACGUCGUGCAGUCUUCCUUAUCCAACCCGCCCACUCUCUUUAUCUUAUUGUUUGAUGUUACAC